AUGAACCGCAAAUACCUAUCAGCGCUGGUGCCGGUACUCAGCGAGAUCCUUGUUCUCCAUACAACUACGACGACAACAAUGUGCACCAUAAUGAAAGUGCUUGAGCAAGUAGCAUUUGUACACCCGUCGAUCAUGCUCUCCAACGACCAGCUUGACAUUCCGACAUUAGUUGCCUCCUGCUCGCUGCAUCAUCGAGCGUCGCUCCCGUUUGCGCGGAACCUCUGUCGAUUUUGCAAUAGUAUUAGUGCAGAAUUGACGAAAGAUGAGUUCGGGUUGGCAGUAUCGCUGGUUCCCUUAUUAUUCGAGCUGUUGGAGCACUGGAACAAAGAUUUUGAGAUCGUCGAUCAAAGCCUAGCAACGUUACCGGAUUUGAUCUCCGUGAUGCGAAAGGAGGAAUUUAAUGAUCGUCGCAGUGGUGAUAUACUUGCUCUCCUUAACGCUGCAGUGGCGUCUUAUACUGGCAACAGCCCAACGUCAUGGAAUUGGCUGAAAUGUAUGCUGGUUGCUCUCAACAAGAUCGAUAAGGUGGCUAUAGAAUCCGCACAAGACACGAUAUGCACGGUGAUUGGCAUCAUUCGCAUAACAGUUGAUCAACUGGUGACAACAGAAGCUGCCGCUCCGAUCCUACUCGUAUGCAAGGAGAAUCCCGACAAUCCCUCAAUCUGUGGAAUCGCUACAAGCAACGCAAUUGCACCCAAAGGAUCGUUCACUAUUCUGGAAUUACUGGAGCGCGUGGGGGAAAACUAUUCACUAGAGCAAGCACUGUAUGGACUGUUAUGUGCAUUGUGUGAAGACAUCUCGUGCGCCCAGAUCUUGAUAGCUUACAACGCCAUCCCGAUCACCGCCGAACGAAUAAUCUGCCAUGUUCGUGACGAGGAAACGCUGUUAAGCAGCUUGUGCUUUUUCGAUCUCUUGGCUCUUAAUAGUGGCGAGAGCUACCGUGCUUUGCAAGAUGAAAUCGCAUUUAAAGCCCUGGAUUUGGCUAUCCAAACAUAUCCCGAGAUGACAGGAAGCCAAGUGUAUCGUAUUGCAAGCACUACACUUGAGAAGGUGUCAGCAUUAGACUACCAGUCGACACGAACGAAGCCUGGAGCAGCCAAAAUGCUGAAGCCUCAAAUCCAGUUUCCGGACUCGGAGAAACCUUUCCACGACUUGCUUCGUGAAGGAGCGAAGUUUCGGGUUCUCUGGGAAGCUAGACCCGCAAUAGUUGAGAAUAUUCAGAUACAACUAGCACCAAGCGGAGACUAUCUACUCUUUCGACGCAAAACAUCAAGUCAACUACCGCGAGUUGAGCGCAUUUUCGUCAGUCAGCUCGAAUUCCAUCACCCGAACGCUCAGAAGAGAUGUCCGACAAGCCCGAUGAAAACUCGACAACCGCUUAUGACUUUAACUCGAAAUUCUCCGAAUCUUAACGGCGACCAGGAGCUCGAAUUCAGUGGAGGAGAAAACGCACGAGAAGAUAUCGAGGGCGCCUCAACGUCAAGCCUCAGCUCAGAGAGAAUCGGGAAACAAGAGCCCGUUCAUGGAAGUAAAGAUAUACCAGCAGUUAAGCCUCCAGCAAAGAAGCGCACUGUUAAUGGAAACAUUAGCGAUCUGACCACAUAUGAUUCCCCACAAAGACACCACGUAACGCAUGACUACUACAAAAGACAAGAACAACGAAAGAUCUGGCAAGAAAAUCAGGCCCUCAACAAACGGCUGCAAAGUGCAAAGGCUACUCUAAACUUCAAGGAAUGGGAGAAGGAUGGCAAAUGGACUCGGGAGUUUCUGAAAACCCAGGAAAGAAGAAGGCAUGUGCUUCAACAAGAAUUACGUAGAGCUCAAAUCUCGCCACAAGCUGUUCUCCGAGCCAAACCGUUAAAAUUGCUCCACCAUCACGUGAAAGCCAUUGCAUUAGACUCAGACAAGAACUUAGGAUUGUCUUGUUCAUUGAGCGCUCGAACUUCGGCACGCCGCGACUCAAAGGGUGAGUUUCUACUUGGUAGUCGAGGUGGUUUCGAAGCAACACUCCAGCAUCCGAGUGCUGCGAAUCAUCGACGCAUCAUGAAGUUGCGCCAGCACAAAAACACGCCUCUCAGCCCAACCAACGCUGCAAACGCCAUAACGACAGAGGAAGUAUCUGCUGGUACAGUUGAUUCAGCCACAAGUGCAGCAUUUAUACCGAAUAACGAGAUUGUUACGGUACGGUUCACAUUUUCACGUGGACGAAGUCGAAGUACGGAUACCGCCUCGAACGGCUGUGAGCCAUGUGAUCAACCAGAACCAUUGGUAGUGCGAGAAGGUGACAGAGACAUGAUGAGUCUGUCAGGAGCAUAUUCUCCGGGAGCCGAAUUAGAAUCCGAAUUGAAUGCCGCUGCAGUGAAUGACUCGAUCGAUCAACCGCAAAGCGAUUCAGUGUAUAAAGCUGAUGCUGAAGCCGUCGACAACACAGCAGCAGAAGAAUGCGAAUGCUAUCAAAGCGACGCGGACUUUUACGACAAUAAAUUGCAAAGUGAUGUUGCUGUACUAUCCGCGAAUGUUGUCGAAGCAGAUACCCAAGCGGAGACAAAAGAUGCAGAUUUUGGAUCCCAUAACAUUGAAAAAGAAACUCAAGCUCUGGACCAUUUUAAAACGCCAUGGUCCCAUUCCGACAAUGAAGAAGAGAAAGGAAGCUAUGAUGAUGACAACUUUGAUGAACAUGCUCUUUUGUCGGCCCACGCAACCGAGCAGCAACAUGACAAACUCGAAGCUAGCGGAUACGCCAGCGAGUUCGAGGAUGAAGGCCACGAAGACGCUAUUGAUGCAGCCCAUAUAGAAGAUAAAGACGAUACCAUUGGUCCAAUGCAGGAAGAAGAUGACGACGAAGAAGAGUACUCCCGCGACGACUUUGAGCGCUCGUCGAUUAGCUCCGUGACGUCGUCGGGAAGGCGACGCAUGGACCAGUCGCUAGCGGAGAUUGCGUCAUCGCUAGGCCAGCGCACACCUGACCGCUCGCAAGGCAGCGACGACAGCGUCUCAGCGCGCUCCAGGCAGCUGGAUUUUGGUAGCGUGGACGAUGGCAACGUGGACGAGGAGCAGAUAGAACAGGACAACGCUGGGAGUACUGAAGCAAAUGAAGAGGUGCAGGAAGUGCAGGAGGAGCAGGAGGAGGUUGAGGAGCAUAACCAAGCCCAAGAGACUGUUGCUACGGCUCGUCCUCGUCCGAGAAGGGGGCGCCGUGGCACGGUGUUCUGGAGUGCGGAGGAGGAGGAAUUUCUACGUCGCGGAGUGGAGAAAUAUGGUAUUGGCAAGUGGAAGAAGAUUUUGAUCGAUGGCAACGACGUGUUCUCGAGUCAUCGGACUAAUGUCGAUCUCAAGGAUAAGUGGAAGAAUAUGUGCAGGAUCCCUAGUCGAAAGCGACGGAGGAAACCGGAUACGGCGAGUGAACCAGAGGAAGAAAGAGAACCGAGAGAGAUUCGAGAAACUGCAUCGUCGGAACAUAGUUCUUCCAGGCCCCGUCGUUUCGCUGCUGCCAAGACUAAGACCAGGACUACGAAGAAGCUGAUUAAUGCUGAUGCCGACCAAGCGAGACAGGUGAAGCUGAAGCUGAGCACUGACAAGUCUUCGCCCGAGUUCGCUGAAGUCAAUGUGGACUUGGACACGUGCAAAGAUGUAGCUGCUCUUAAAGCGAAGCUGCGGUCAAGCAUCUUGUCGGACGCUUCACCUGAUAGAGACAUUCAGCUGAUCGGACUCAAGUCCCGAGUCCUGUUCGACGACAAAGAAGAACUCUCGCGCUGCAUCGCAACCAACGGUGCUGAUUUCUUUCUUGUUUUUGAAGAAAACCCGGAAGAGUUUGUGUAAAACCGUGAACAAUAAAAAAAACAUUUAUGCUG